UUAUAUUUGCUGCUACAUUUUUUCCCAAUAUGCAAAAACACCAUCCUUUAAGUAACGAUGAUCCUAGAGUAAUAAGGAUGGAUAGGGGAGGUUACACAACGUGUAAUGUCAUCCUAAAAGGUGCAUCUAUCAUUUCGUGGAGGAUCGAAGAAGAGGAGCAGCUAUUUUUCAGCCGAUUAUCGCACUUGGACGAUUACGAUAAAUAUAGAGGCGGCAUAACGAUAGUUUUUCCGCAUUUCCAAGAAUGGUCCUUUGGCAGAAACCACGGUUUUGGCAGGGAUGUAAUAUGGAGUGUGAGAAACGGACCGAGAACUGACCAUUAUGGUGAUGUGCAUUUAGAAUUAAUCUUAAAAUCUAAUUGUUUUACAAAAUCGAACUGGAACUACGAUUUUGAACUGAUCUUGAAGAUAAUCCUAAAAGAAAGAUCGUUGGAAUUACAACUGGUAGUGAUAAAUCCCAGCAAGAACGAAACCCUUAAUUUCCAAAUUGCUCUCCAUUACCACUUAAAAGUGAAGAACUGUAACAAAGUUUCGGUGAAUGGUCUGAAGAACUUGCAGUAUAUCGAUCGUGUAGAUAGCUCCGUAGAUCUUCCCUUUAAGACGAUUAAUACUGAUUCAUUUGACUUAGCACUUCCCAUUGAUAUGGUGGUUUACAAUAGUGGCAAAGAGUUCCAAUAUGUUUCCAAACUCGACGACAAAAUAAUACAUUUUACGAAGAAUAAUUUACCAGACCUUUCCAUAUGGACCGCGGGAUACCUUAUCAACAUACCUAAUCAAUUAGAUGACGACGAAUGGACAGGUUUCGUAGGCACUGAUAUAGGUAACUUCAAAGUGUAUCUACCACCGCAAUCCACUUGGUCGGCUAGCCAAGUUAUCGAAAUUAAAAGAGAAAAUAAAACCAGGGGUAUUUUCAAGAACUUUAUAGAUUAUUUUGAUGAUAUUUGCUAAUUUUAA